GUCUUCCCCAUUCUCCACUCACAGCCGGGGAACACAGCUGGGGAACACAGCCGGAGCUGUCUCCAGUGUCCUCUGCCCCUCAGCCCCUGGUCUGGCUGAGUUUGGGAAGGCCUGGGCUGUCCCUGGGACAAAGUCAGCUCCCCCGGGCCGCCGCCGCCUCCCCCAGGCCGGGGGCUCUGUCCGCGGGGCCCGCGCCGCUCGCCCCGAGCCAGGAGGACGAGCUCGAGGAGGAUGCCUGGGCCCGUGAGUACCACGGCGGCGGCGGCGGCGGGCCGGACGGGCCCGGAGCGCGGGCGGAAGAUGGUCCCAGGGCUGAGCUUCUCCCCGCGGGCUGCUCCACGCCCUGGCCCAGGGUCGCCGCCCCGGACCCCCGCCCCGGCCAGCCCCUCCCCCGGUCCUCACCGGAGGGAGGAAGGGAGGGAGGGAAAGGGAGGGCGCCAGUGAGCGAGGGAACCAGAGCGGGGCGCGAGCAGCCACCGGUUCGCUUGGAAACGGUUGCCACAGCAACGGGGUUGCGCUCCCCGGCAACGCGGCUGCAGGGCGGCGACGCCCCCUCCCACCCCUCCCCCACCACACACGGGGCCACAGCCCGAGGGCGCAUAGGGAGAGGGGGUGCGGGGACUCCCCCCUCGCGGGUCUGGGUCUGCCUGCCUCCACAGCCCGUCGAGGGUGGGGGUGGGGGACGAGCGGCCCCGUGGGCACGAACUGGCUCCCACGUGGCUGCAGUCGUCGCAGCAGGGCUCUUGGGGUGGCUGCAAACGUGGGGGUGGCCCAGCCCCUGGGCCUGUCAUGCCACGGGAGGAGGAGGCAUGGAGGCUGGGUUUGGGGUGUUUGCCCCGUCACUCCCCACCCCACUACCACCACCCAACUGCGAAAUGGCCUGACCCAGGUUGGGUGCCCCAGAGGCGAUGUUCCUUACCAGGGGAGAGGAAAGAAGCUCGCAUCUCUCCUCUUCAUGGCCAGGGCAUGUGCCAGACCGCAGUUUGGGCCAGCAGUGGUCUCUGUUCCGUGUUCCAAGCCACCAUUCUCUGGGAAGGGGUGAGAGCAGCGUGGGCAGGAGCACAGGAAAGGACAUUGCUAACCUAGGGAAGCUGAAGCCCAGGACAAAUAGGAGCACCCCGGCUUAUUGUCUGGAUCACAAGGGUCCCUUUCUUGUUUGAGCACAAAGCCCAGACUGUGCUGGGUGGCAUGCAGGUUGGCCGACAGGCAGGCCAGCGCCACACGGAGAUGCCCUGUCCUCCAGGGGAGCUCCUCUGGGAGAAUGGCCGCUGAGUCAGAGGAAAUGACCUCUGCUUCCCUUCCAACCUCCCCUCAGUGGGCAGCAUGCUGGGGAGAGAAGUGGCCCUCCUGCCAGCUCUCCCAGGCCUGACUCAGCAGAUGCCAGCCCUGACCGCAGGCCUCAGACCCAACAUCCCAGGGACCACAAUCACCUUUGGGUUUCCUUUCCCAUCCAGGGAGGUGUCCUGGGCACCAGAGGUGACCAUUAUCCCAAGCAUCUGAGGCCUUGGCAUAAGAUGCCCUUAGAAGGAUGAUGCCCUAAGUCAGGUCUGAGUCUCCCUCCCACAGGCAGGAGUGCCUUUGAAAUUAUUCACAGGCUCCUUUCAUUCUGUCCCUGCUCCAUAUGAGACCUGUCUUGAGUACUCUGCAUCCAUUAUGUCCUAAUCCUUAUGAUAAUUGUGCAAGGUAAGUUUAUCAUCCCCCAUUUUAGAGAUGAAGACUCCAAGGCUCAGGGAGGUGAAGUGACUUGCCCAAGGUCAUACAACCAGUAGUGGUGGGCUAGGUUUCCAGUGCAGGUUUGUCUGCUGGCACAGCCCCUCCUUGCCUGCUGCACACCAUCUCUUGUGACCCAGGCAGAACAGAACUGUAGAGCCUUCUGGAGGAGCAUUCUUAACCUUUCACACUCCUAUGAAUGUGAGGAAAUUCCCUGUGUCUUUCGGGCCUUGGUAUACUUUUCCUUCUUCCAACAAAAUCAGCCAGAUCCUUGUUCCCCCAGAUCCUCUAUAGGACCGUGCUGCUGCUGGGCUGGCUCCCUCCCUCCCUCCAUUUUCUCUCUGGGGGAGACCGAGCAGUGAGGGUUACCUCAGUCCCCUGGGAAACCCCCAAGGCCCAGGCCUUCAUUUGUGGGUUCUGUGGCCUGAUCAGCUUGCAGCCCUGGCUGUGGGAGAAGGAAUUUAGCAAAGAUGGGUCCAUGCAGUGCUGGCCCCUGUGGGUGCUCAGGCUAGCUCAGGGAUUGGAAACUCAAAUGCCUCCAGGGCCCAAAGGCCAAUGGAAUGAGUGAGGCAGGCUGGGGGGCUAGUCGUCUGCAGUCUGUGUCACCAUGUGAGAAUGUAGACUUGGUAUGACCAGAUUGUCCAACUUUCAAUACGAGCCAUAAAUCUCGACUUGUGUAAAAUAUCCUGAUUUUUGAAUGUUGGCCAACUAACCAGAAUAUUUUAAAAAGUUGUGGCCAACAAAACACAUUCAUGAACUGUGCCCAGCCUGAGAGCCACAAGCUGAGACCUCUCGUCCAUAGUGAAGUGAUGGUGGUUUUUGCUGGACUGCCCCCAGGCUUGUGUGAUAGAGCGCCAGGGGCUGGGUUCCUCAUUUGAGCCUCUCAGGAUUAGUUUGUCACGUGCACCAUGUACGCUGUCUUGAAGUAUUUUCCCGUCCCUCAUCAGUUUUGCUCUGCUCUUGGCGCUGCCAGGCACAUUCAUCAUCCCUGUGUGAAGACACUUCAGCUCAGGCACAGGACUGGAUGGGAUGAGGUCACUCCCCAUCAGGGCAGAAGCAGGAUUUGAACCCAGGGCCCCUGCUUCAGUGCUCUGCAUGUUACACCGGGCUGCCCCUCAGAAGAGGGUAUCAUCAUUCCCCAGCCUCCGUCCCCCGCCCCUGAGGGAUGGCCAGCUCCCUUGGAGGGACAGAUCUGAAUACAGUAGACACUGACCCGAGUAAGGCCUCUCUGCCCACAGGCCCUGGGGCCCCAGUCUCUGAUGUCCUGUUUGCAGUUUCUAAGCCCUGAGUUCCUGGCCCACUGCCAGGGUUAGGUCACAGAGAUGCUGAAUGCAGGCAAGGAUGCCAGGCCCAUACCUCAUCCUAGCUGGAAAUGAGGCUCUGGCCAGCUCCACACCCUGCUGACUGUGGCAGCUGGGACAAUUCCUGUCGUCUCUGGCCUCAGAUUAUCUGUCUUGGUGUGGGAGGAGUGUAAAAAUGUCACCAGUGCCUCCCUGUAUGCCCUUCCUGCCAGGACAGCAAGCUUUGCAGUCACCUGGGCUUCACAACCACCUGGCUUGGUGGGCCUGCGCUGGUCCCAGCUCCCUGUCUGUAGAGUGGGGAUGGCAGCACCACCUCCUGGGUGUCCCUGAGAUGACAAGUGUAAAGAGGCCAGCAGUGGGCCUGGCACAUGCAGGGCAUGCAGGAGGGGUUCGCAGUCACCUUCUUCUUCCACCCCACCCUCACUCCACACAUCACACUCUCCUCCCUUCCUCCUCUGUCCCCUGGUCUGACUUCCUGUCCUUUCACUUGACCAUCAGCUCUGGCCUCACAUCCAGGGCUUCACCUUGUGACCCCGAGUCCCUGCUGCCCGGGCUUCCCUCUGUCCACUCCAGAGCCCCUGGAAUGUGCCCGUGUAGUCUUUUCCUUUUAUUCACAUAGAACGUAUGGGUCCUCAGCUCGCUUACAGACUAUCUCGCAAGGACCAAGAGCUGGGUGGUAGGUGCUGUCUGUGACAUUUUGGUGAAUGGCCAACAUUUCUGAGGAAUGAAUUGGACGCAGACUCAGCUCUUGAGGUAUUCCCUGUCCCACGGCUGAAGGACCAAACAGGUAACUGGACACCUCCAGUUACUCCUUCAGCAAGUGGUUUUUGACCUACUGUGUGCCAGAUGAUCAAGACAGAUGCAGCUUCUGGUGUUGCAUGAAGGCCACUACAGAACCGUGUAAGUGAGAUCACUGGGCUUCUCAUCCAGCCCUGGGGGGUGGGGUGGCCCAGGGCUGACUUGUCCAGAGAAGUGACAGGUGAGGCCAUGAGGCGGAGUUGUGAGCACUGGGGUGAGAGCAGCAAGGGGUGUCGCAGGCCUGGGGAGGGGAGAAAGCAGAACUCUCAGCAGUGCAGAUGGACGCAGGCUUGCUGCAGAGGACAGGGUGCUGAAAGGUGAAGCUGAAAGGCCGUGGCAGCUCCUCCCGGAAGCCAUGGUCUGGGUCAGUGGUUCUCAAGGUAUGCUCCCUGGACCAGCAACGCCAGCACCUGCUGGAAAUUUGUUAGAAAUGCAAACUCUCAGGCCCCACCCUACACCUACUGAAGCAAACGCUGGGAGCAGUGCCCAGCACCCUGCAUUUUAACAAGCCCUCCACGUGGUUCUGGUGCUCACUCCAGGUUGAGGGGCACCCAUCUAAACCAUGUCCAAGAGCUGGCUGUCUCCUGAAGUGGUGGGGAGUCACUGCAGGGUUCAGGCAGGAGAGGGCCUGGGGGAAAUGGGCACUGCGGAGCAUGGACAGAUGAGCAGGAGCACAGCACAGGAGAGAGCACACUGGCAAGCAUGCUGACAGGGGCCCAGGUGAGGGACGACAGUGGCCCAGCCAAGGCAGUGUGGCACGGGGACGAAAAGAAGUGGACAGAUGAAGGCACACUGCCCUGAAGGUAAAGACAACAGGAUUGUGGAUGGAGUGAAUGGUGGGCCCUUUGCUGAAAUACAGGACCCAGCAGGAGAUCUUUGGGGUCUAAGGUUGGGGUGCUGAGUUCUUCACGCAGAGGAGCAAUGCAGUGGGUGCGCGUGGCAGUACACCAGGUUCUAGAAUAAGAGAUCUAUGUGACCCUGGCUGUCAUUUAAUGUCUUUGAGCCAAGUGUUCUCAUCUGUCAAGGGGAAGAAUGCUCACCUAGUUCGUAGGAUGAUUGCAAGAACUGCGUGGUGUCCAGCCCUUGGGCAGGGAGCACCCUGGAGACAGACACUCAUUGGUGCAUCCCCAGCUCCAAAGCCACUGUCGUCAGCGCUGAUGUUUGGUGGGGCAUCUCCAAGCCCUUUGCCUGGAUUAGCAGUGACCUUCAGCACAGUAACUGAAGGGGAAACUAAAGCAACAUGGAGGUGAAGAAACUCGCCCCCAGGGUCUCACUGUCAUCCCCCUGUGUGCCCCCAGUGAGUGUGUGGCUGAAGAAAACCAUACAAAGUGAUAUGCUCACAAACUCUACAAAUAAACAAAGUGGAAUCCUAAAAAGUCCAUAAGAAGGUCCCGCGCGGCCCCGGGUGAGGCCCGCCCGUGCGCCCGCCGGCGCCAUGGGAAGGAGCGGGCGCUGCUGCUGCUGCCCUCCGCCGGCGCGCGCACGACUUGAGCCCCGUCGCGGGCAGCCCCCGGCCGCGGGCCCCCGAGUGACGCCGGCGGCGCCUGGGAGCGUGGCGCGGGCCCGGGGCCACGUAGAGGAGCCCAGUGUCCAGUGAAGCAGCCGAGGAUCCGCCGCCCGCGCCGCCGCCAUGGUUAUGUCCCAGGGCACCUACACGUUCCUCACAUGCUUCGCCGGUUUCUGGCUCAUCUGGGGUCUCAUCGUCCUACUCUGCUGCUUCUGCAGCUUCCUGCGCCGCCGCCUCAAACGGCGCCAGGAGGAGCGACUGCGUGAGCAGAACCUGCGCGCCCUUGAGCUGGAGCCCCUCGAGCUCGAGGGCAGCCUGGCCGGGAGCCCCCCAGGGCUGGCGGCGCCGCCGCCGCCGCCGCCGCCACCACCGCAUCGCGGCCGCCUUGAGGCGCCGGCGCACGCGCAUCAGCACGUGCACGUGCACCCGCUCCUGCACCACGGGCCCGCGCAGCCGCACGCACACCCGCACGCACAUCACCACCCGCUUCCGCACCCGCCGCCACCGCACCUCUCCGUGCCGCCGCGGCCCUGGAGCUACCCGCGCCAAGCGGAAUCGGACAUGUCCAAGCCACCGUGCUACGAAGAGGCGGUGCUGAUGGCCGAACCGCCGCCGCCCUACAGCGAGGUGCUCACGGACACGCGUGGCCUCUACCGCAAGAUUGUCACGCCCUUUCUGAGCCGCCGCGACAGCGCUGAGAAACAGGAGCAGCCGCCACCCAGCUACAAGCCGCUCUUCCUGGACCGGGGCUAUACGUCGGCGCUGCACCUGCCCAGCGCCCCGCGGCCCGCGCCGCCCUGCCCUGCGCUCUGCCUGCAGGCGGACCGCGGCCGCCGGGUCUUCCCCAGCUGGACCGACUCGGAGCUCAGCAGCCGCGAGCCGCUGGAACACGGAGCUUGGCGCCUGCCGGUCUCCAUCCCCUUGUUCGGGAGGACUACAGCCGUAUAGAGGGGCGCGUGGCAUCCCGGGCCCCACCCGCGGACUCCUGGCCUGACUGCGGGGCUUUUU